UUUCUCAAUCUUGUUACGAGAUAUUACAAACUAUUUUUACAUACACAACUGUACUUCUAUUUCUAUAUGAGUUUUAUAUCUAUAUAUUAGAAAAUAUAUUCAUUUUAACGAAUAAUAUGCCGAGAAGUACAAAUUAUUAAUUGUUAGAUUACAAUUUUUUAUUGCUGAUAUGGUGAGGCUAAUUAUGUCGUAAAUGAAUUACAAUUUUUUAUUGCUGAUAUGGUGAGGCUAAUUGUGUCGAGAAUGCAUUGCACAAGUUUUAUACCUUUACGAUAUUUUUCAGCAAAACCAAAAGUUAUACUUGAUAAUGCAGUAUCUACUUUACUGUCUAAUAAUGAAAUGAAACAUAGGUUUCAUCCAGGUAUUGUUAAUCCUAGAACACCAAUAUUCCCACAAUGGUCAAUAAAGGAAAUACGAAAUAUUUUGAAAGAGAAACAAAUAGUCCUGAAAGAAAUUAAGGAGAGUGCAAAGAAAUUAACUCAUCAUUUGAAUAAGCGUCAUCCACCAUUAGAACAAUCUGAGUUGACAUCAAAAUUACUGAAAGUAGAAGAACGUUUAAAUAUUAAUAACCAUGGCGAGAAAAUAUUGAUAGAGGAUAUAAAUUUAAAGAAAAAUGCAAAGGCUAGACUGAUUUUGAAACAAAACAUUUAUAACUGGCAACCAAUAAAUUAUGAUAAGUUUACUUCCUUGACAUAUCUAGUUGGCAGAUGUGUCCAAAAUUACACGGUUUCGCAUAAAAUUUUUGAUGAAAUUAAAUCACGCGACAAAAAUUUUAAACCCACGACAUUGUUUGACUUUGGCUCUGGUAUUGGCACAGUCAUGUGGACAGCAUCUGAAAUUUGGCCGAAUACAUUAAAAGAAUAUUUUUGUGUUGAAACAUCGGAAUCUAUGAUUGAAUUAUCAGAAAGAUUAGCGAAAGUUGCCAAGCCUAAAAUCAAAGACGCUUUCUAUCGGCAAUAUUUUCCUCUUUCUACGAAUCGAACUUAUGAUAUUGUAGUGAGCGCGUACUCUUUGUUCGAGUUGCCGGGUAUGGAAUCGCGUCUUGAUAUAAUAUUAAAGCUUUGGGCAAAUACUGAGAAUUAUUUGGUUAUUAUAGAAGAAGGAACCAAUGCAGGUUUUAAACUAGUAAACGAAGCAAGAGAUCUCGUUCUCAAAUACGCAAACUCGAAACAUAGGCGCGGGACACAAUUCGCCCAUGUUUUCGCACCUUGUCCACAUGAUUUCGAGUGCCCAAGACGCGCUACCGAUAAUACUCCGUGCAAUUUUAGUGUUUUAUAUCAUCCAUUGCAAUUUCUGGGUGGUCGGCAACACAUACCAGAAUUAUAUUCCUACGUCAUAUUAAAGAAAACUAAACGUUCUGAAGACGACGAACAAUGGCCAAGAAUUGUGCGAAGUGUAUUAAAGCGUUCUAAUCAUACGAUUUGUCGCAUGUGCACCGCCAAAGGCGAAUUGAAGGAAGAAAUAUUUACGAAAUGCAAACACGGAAGACAUAUGUAUCGUUGUGCGAGAGUGAGUGAAUGGGGCGACAGAUUACCUCUGCAUUACGAACAGCAGCAAGAAAAUCAAGAAACUGAUAUAGUUAAUGAAAUAAUUCUUAAAAAUGAAAAUACAUAGAGUAAGGAAAUAAAGUUUUAUUAAAUUUUAUAACCUACUGUUAUUUUGUAUGUACAUACUUCUUCUAGAAUAUAUUACUUCUCAAAUUGGAUGAAA